AAGUGUGACCGUCUAAAUGCUUUUCCUCUCCUCUGUUAUGCGUUUAUACACAUCUGUGUGGAUAAUCUAUUUGUGUUUCUUUUUUGUUAUACAUAUUUGAGUGGCUGUGUGCUACUACUUAAAGGACUUAAGGUGCACUCCAAUGCAGUGUUAAUUUCUAGUCUAUGAUUUCCCAUUCCAGCACCAUUUUACAAUUAAUGUAAUAAGUACAGAAAACCUGCAAAGUCCUAUUGUUUGUUAUAAGUCAGGCCACCAUAGUUGGACAUCACAAAUGGAUGUGUGGUGUUUCCAGUUAUUCAAGCUUUUGAGCACACAGUACCUGAGGGUUGCCAGAUGUUGCUCUCAGUCCAAUAAAUGUUUGAAGAUGUAAUAGGGUAGAUUUUAAAGACUUAAUAGUCUUCUUCCUUCUCCAAGUGUCAUUCACCAUCAUCAACAUGAUAGCUUUAGGAUAAUUUGUUUGAGCCAAGGGACAAUAGUGUGGGUCACUGCUGUAGUUUAAGAUAAUGUGAUUUAAUUUUCUUUACUUUGCUCAUUACUGCCAGAAAAGUUUUAAAACUAAUGAAAACCAACCAAAAAUACUAGCAAGGCUACUAGACGGCAUAACCUUUGCGUCACACACAAGACCUUCUUAUGUCACGGUUGCUAGGGCGGCAUCAAGGUAGCUGACAAAGUCUGGAAGGAGAGUUAGUUGCUGGGUAACGAGCGGCACUUAACGGAAAGCAGCUGGAGGAAAGUCUCCGUCAUCUGGGACGAUAAGAGGAAUAGUUUUUGUCUUUAGCCAAGCUGUGUGUGUGAGUUGCAAUGGUGAAGGAAACCGGAUUUUAUGACACGCUUGGUGUGAAGCCCAAUGCAACUGCAGAGGAGUUGAAGAAAGCCUACAGGAAGUUAGCACUGAAGUACCACCCUGACAAGAACCCAACAGAAGGAGAAAGGUUCAAGCAGAUCUCGCAGGCAUAUGAAGUCCUUUCGGACACUCGGAAGAGAGAGGUCUAUGAUCGCGGGGGAGAGAAGGCCAUUAAAGAGGGUGGGACUGGAGGGGGUGGGGUCUUCACCUCUCCCAUGGACAUCUUCGACAUGUUUUUUGGAGGUGGGGGAAGAAUGCAGAGAGAGAGGAAAGGGAAGAACAUGGUCCACACGUUGAGCGUGUCCUUGGAGGAACUUUAUAACGGAGGCACCAGGAAGCUCUCCCUCCAGAAGAACAUCAUCUGUGACCGAUGCCAAGGGCGUGGGGGCAGGAAGGGGGCAGUGGAAGUGUGCCCCUGCUGCCAGGGUACCGGGGUGCAGGUACAGCUCCACCAGAUCAUGGGGAACGUGGUGCAGCAGGUGUCCACCCUCUGCAUGGCCUGCCACGGCCAGGGGCAGCGCAUCAGCUCAAAGGACAAGUGCAAGGGCUGCGGGGCCCGCAAGAUCCUGCGCCAGAACAAGACUCUGGAGGUCCACAUCGACAGAGGAAUGAAGGACGGACAGAAGAUAGUCUUCCAUGCAGAGGGUGAUCAGGAGCCUGGGCUGGAGCCCGGGGAUGUCAUUAUUGUCCUGGACCAGAAAGCCCACCCCACUUUCACCCGGAAGAGAGAAAAUUUGAUAAUGAGCAUGGAGCUACGGUUAGUGGAGGCGCUGUGUGGCUUCCAGAAGCCAGUACAAACUCUCGACAACAGAACUCUCCUCAUCACCUCACAUCCAGGAGAGCUAAUAAAGCCUGGCACCAGGAAGUGUGUCCUUAACGAGGGGAUGCCCCUCCAUCGCAGACCGUUUGAGAAGGGCCGUCUCAUCAUCGUCUUCACGGUGGUGUUUCCCGUGGAGAACUUCCUGCCCCUGGACAAGCUGAAGAAGCUGGAGCACUACCUCCCGGGCAGGGCGGAGGACGAGGACUCGGAGAGCAUGGACGACGACCUCUACUUCUACGCCGACCUGGAGGACUGCGAGUUGCCACGCAAAAGACACCACUUCAAUGGCACGGAGGACGCAGACUUCCAUUCAGGGGGCGCCAUUCAGUGCCAAACCUCCUAGCCUAGAGCACCCAGACACGCCAGUCAGGGCUCUGCUCUGAAUGAACCCAGCCACUGGAAGAGAUUUUUUUUUUUAUAUAUAUAUUUUUUUAAAACUAAUUUUGGAAGCUGCAGAUGUGAUUUAGAGAUGUCACUGUGAUGGACAGAGAAGCCUGUUCCCCUUCCCCUUCCGUUGCUGCACGUCCUGGUUUAGACAGAAUUGGGAAACGGAAUACCGCCCUUUUUUUCGACUGCUGUGACUCCUCCUGUGGGUCAGAGGUGCACUUCCUGUUUGUGGGCCAGACCCCCUCACCCGUGUGGUUACAUCAUGUGAAAGUUGAGGUGGUUCCGUUUUGGGGUUUGAGGAGUGACAGGCGUUCUACUUCAAGGAUUUCAGAAUGGCACAGGAUAACGGAACGGACAAAUGAAGCGCAUUUUUGUUUUUAAACCUGAAAGAUAAUACCAGCAUCAUACUACACACAGAAUCAGUGGAAUUACUGAGCAGUGUUAAAUGUAGGUUAUGAUGAUCUUGAUAUGGUACAAAUCAUUGUUAAUUUUGCGGGUCUCCCGCCUGUGUAUUUUGUAAUUUUGUUGGGUUGUAUAAACUUGUAAUCAAAUCUGAAAUGUUAAAUGCUGUGCUCCUGUACAAACUAAAUGACCUCAUAUAAAAGGUAUCCUACUGGUCGUCACUCAUUUCAAAUUAAUUGUACCCAAGGCAGAUGUGCCAAAUGCUCAUUUUAACCAAGAGGACAUGAAAGCUAUUGACUUUUGCAUGUAAAAGCUAUGAAGUUGUCCACCAAUUCCGCUAUACACACAGAAGCUUUUUUGUUUUAUUUUUGGAUUUCUCACUCAUCCUUUAACCGUGUUGAAAACUUUUGUAAUUAUGUCAACCCCCCUUAUUUUAAACCCAUAUUUAAUAUCUUGAUAUUAAAGACUUUGCCAAAAA